UGGGGCCAUAUAUUUAACACUAAAUGCAGAUUGGGGUUUUCCCUCUUUCUGUUCUACCUCAAAAUGGUUAUAUUAGGCUAAGAGAAAGGUAGAUUGAAAAUUGACUAGGGCUUUUCACCCAAGGAAAGUGCUACCAGUGGAGACAUAAGCAACAUUGUGAAACUUAGAGUCAUGAAGAAAGUAGAUAGGGAGCUUGUUGAGGUUUAUUUUUUUGUUUGUUUCCCCUGUUUUUGAAAGAUUUCUGUGUUCUACAGAUCCCAAAUAAAUGAGAUACCUCUUUGCACCAUGAGUAACUAAAAUACCUGGUGCAGCUGCGUAUUGGGUAUGCCUAAAGUUUACAAAGAAGUUGAACAAUUAAUUUGUAGGGGAAAUCAUCAGAGACUAUCAAACACAGGAGUAUCUUAGACUCAGCAAACAUCAAGGUAUUCCUGCUUCCCUGCUAUUAUACUCCUUUGUACAUGUCCUCUGUUGGUUACUGGUAGAGAGAAACCAACAAGCUAGAAAGUUACUUUGUUUGACAUAAUAUUAUACUAAGGUUUUUAUAGAAGUUACGCUUCUUUUUGAGAAAUACUUUGAUCUUCUGUAGCCUAUGAGAAGAAAAAAAAGCAGAAUUUGCAGUUCAGAAAAAAAGGUUACGGUUUUUGUGUACUCCAUAGUUAUUUCUCAUUUGCCACUUCAAAAAUUUGUAAAGUACUUUUCCCAUUUUUCAGAGAUGUUAAUGGGUUGCACAAAGUUGCUUUAGCACAGCUAAUUAGAGUCUGAGUAUCACUACUUCACCCAUGUUCACUUUCAGGAUGAACUGAAUGUGCAUUGAUCUGUAACUGAAUGCAAAUUACUGGCAAAAAAACAAAUACAGAAACGUGUAUUCCUCUUAGAAGAGCAAGGAGCCAUUUAUUAAAAUGGAUAUGAUAAACUUGGAGUUGAAAUACUCUGAUUUCUUUUUGGAUAAGCUGUAGAAUAUAAGUGAGAGUAAGAGUUCAGGAAGAUUUUUGAAAAGGAUUGUAUGCUUUAGGGAUCACGAGCGUUAUAGUAAGUGCUAAGACUACAGACAGGAGUUUUAUUUCAGGGCAUAAUCUAGUCUAUCAGGCAGCAGGUGGAACAUCAAAACACUUUUUGAGAUGGGUUGCUCCAUUAUUCUGUAAUUCUCUGUGAGAAAAUCCAGGUGGUGGUUUUUUUCUCCUCAUGUAGGUGGCAGAGACUAGGGAGUAUAGUAAGCUUGAUAGAUUGUUGGCAGAACAGUGAGAUGGUUCCUGUGCUCCACUUCCCUCCUGUCCUAAUGCCUUGCUGUGUAACCACUGACCAUCUGUAUCCCAUCACCUUCAUAUGUUCAACAGUAAUUUCUUCAGACUGAUAACAUAGAAGUUUGAUUUUUUUUUUAUAAUUUUUUUUCCAGAAAGUGGCUCACUUUAAAGAAAGUAAAAGUAUAAUUAGAGUAUUGUAUAGAACAGGAGCCUCUAUAUAAUUGUGUGCAAUAUGCUUUUAGAACACUCUACCCUGAAGGCUAAAAAUGAUUGGAGUAGAGGGCAGAGCAUGAUUUUUCUUUACCACCAUCCAGACGUAUUCAUGCUUUAGUCUUUCAUGACUUCCAUAUGUAUCAUGAUAAACUAGGAAAGAAGAAACCUGAUAUACAAUAAAAACAAAAAGUUCAGUUUUUAGUUGAAGUUACUGCAGUCUUUCGUUGGGAUUUGAAGGUUUGAUGUUCAGACUGUAGUGAUUGUUUGGGGGGGAUGGAUGGAUGUAGGAAUGUCAUUAAAAUAACCAUUCUAAAAGACAUGAUCUACAGGACAAAGCAGGGCACACUUUAAUAUAUGCCAUUAUAUUGUAUUAGGUGAACUCUUGGUUUUGGUAGUUCUUGCAUGCCUUACCUAGUAAUGUCAUAAUUUUUCAGGUUUGAAUGUUAAGCAGUAAUGUCAAAUUCUCUUGUUAUUUCUGCUCUAUAUUGCAGACUGCAUUAGUAAAGUAAACUUAUCCUGACAUUUGUCACCUUCAAAUUCCUGCAGCUUUUAGAGUCAUGAAGCAGAGAAUUGAAACUAGUAUCAAGGAAUUUACUUGUGUUGUUGCACAGCUGAAGGUGUUGAACUAUCCUUCUCUGGUGGGAAAAGAAGGAAGAGUAAUAUUCUCCAACUUCUUGCAUAAAUACUCCUGAAUCCAAGAGGUGUUAGUACCUAUUGUCAUGGCUUUUAUUUAAGUGCAACACACUUGUGAAUCUGUGAGUCUCGUUUUGUAUGGCACAGGUGUUACUUUUGGGUCCCUUCUUACUAAGGAAAAGUGUUCUCUUGAUCCUUGCUAAUACGUUAUAGUAUUGUGGAAAAACUUGUUUUGUUGUGCCUUUUUUUUUCCCCCUCUUUACGUCCAUGGCUCAGUACUUACACUAUGUAAGCUGGCAUGAUUAGUUUCUGCCCAUGUUUUGCAUCUUAUAUUAAUCUUCAUAAAGGAUUGGUUCCUUUGGGUUCACUGAAUAAGUGUGCGUUUAUAUCUGAGAUUCAGCAGAGGGGCUGCCGACUUGAGGGAUUGGUUUCUGGGAACAGAGGCCAUCAGGUUGGGACUAUUUUGGCUGGCAUUGGGAUUUUUUUUGUUUUGUUUUAAAUUGCUCAUCAGUAUCCUUGUGUGGUUUUGUACACAAAACCCCUACAAACCACCAAACCCCUCACUGUUAGUUAUUAAAACCUGAUUUCCAGUGCCUGUCUCUUCUUUUGGAAUCUGAUUCCUGAUAAACUGUCAAGCCAUGUAGCAGCCUUUUCCUCAGCACAGAUGCUAAUAAGUAGCUGAGUAGUGGCAAAAAAAUUGGUCUCGUGGAAAACUUAAGAAUUUAGGAUUUUUUAAAAAAAUCUUCUAUUUUUGAAAACUGGAUUAGAGUUGUAGACCUGCCCACAUACUGAUAGCAUAAAUUUCCUUUCAUUAGGAAGUGAGGCAAAUACUGUUUGCUUUUUAAAGUUCAUUUGUUUGACUCCGUUGAGAUGAUUUUGCUAUGCAAGCACGUCUGGGCUGGCUAACUUUGCAAUUCAUGUUUCUCUUUUGUUUGCAAAGCCUGCUUUGUUUCUGAUCUAGAUCAAAUUUCUUACAUACAGCUUUCUUGCAACUGUUACUGGCUCUUUGAUGACUUCAGCUGUAUAUUUUCUUGUUCAGGAAGAAAUGAACAAGGCUUACGUACCUAAAGGUGAAGUUGCUUCAUAGAUGAUAGUAAAAACUUUGAGGUGAUCUGAUGGUUAGGACGUUGUCUAGGAUUCAAAAGACCUAACUUCUCUCUCUGACUCUUGAGUUUUGACAAGUUAAUUCAGAUAUCUGUAUUUUCACCUCCUCCUUUGAGUUUAACUUUAAAGUGCUUAAAUCAAAGACAGUUUUUAGAUGUUUAUAUUCUGCCUCUCUACAUUAAGAUAUUUAGAUCUAUUUAAGCUGGCUCUAUGAAUUCAUAAUGUUAAUUGAUCGUAUUUGAUCAUCUUUGAUCCCAGGCACUAAUAUCCUGAUUAAUCUUAAAUAAGACUUUUAGUUCCUUAUUUAAGCUUUGUAUUUCUGAGCAGACAAACCUGUGUCUCGCUGUCUUCAUGGUCAAUGGCUAGUAGGCUUUCGUUUUUGAAGAGGACAGAAAAUGAAGGAAAGUGCUUACAAUACAACUAAAAACUUUGAUCUCUCACUUUUUCAGUGACCUGCAACCUUUUCCAAUCUUUCCACUGAAGUUAAAUGCCUAUAUUGUCAAUUUGCUAUGUUAAGUUAUUAAGAAGUGAUUGGAGAUCUGUGAAAUAUUUUUUGGGGAAAAAAUGAUACUCCACCUUCCCUACCCCCCCACCUAUCACAAGUUACUGAAGAUCAUUUUUUAGUUACUCCUGCUGUCUAACAUAGUACUGUCUUAAUGAUCUCUAAGACUUUGGAAACCAAAUGACUGUUGGAGGUGGGUAAUGGGCAUGAAUGGUAGAGGGAAAAAAAAAAUACAGAUUCUGCUGUAUGUUCUUUGAGUCCCCAGGAAGAUGCGUGUGUACUCUUCACUUAUUCUUCUUGCUACUUAUGCUUUCUUGCUUCUGUGAGACAAAAUAAGAGGAAAGUUGAUCCUAGGAAAUUAAUAGUUUCUACCAGUGUAGGGAACAGAGUCAGCAUGAAUGGCAGAUACCAUAAGAGGAAGGUGACAGAAGCAUGUUACUAAGAGCCAUGGGGUUAUCCUUCCCUUCUCUCCUUCUCAUUAUUUCUGCAGUUAUUGUAAGCAAGGUCUGCAUUUUCUCUUAGCUUAAGAAAAUUAAACAAAAUCCCAUGGACCGCCUUACAAUUUUUUUUACUACUUAAAAAAAAGUGUGUGUGGAGAAGUUUUUCCUUUCUUCAUUGUUUCCAAAGGAUAUUGAACUCUGUCAGCAUCAGCCUCCUGAGUUGAUUUAUUUUGACGCUACAGAAACAUAGCAAUCUGUAACUGGUAGGGCAAGAAAAAACUGUUUGCCUGAUUUCAAAGAUUAUAAAGAAAAAAAAGAAAUGCAUAGCCAGGUAUUCAAGUCCAUAGAUUUAUAUGCUGAAUAGAUCAGUUGAUUUGUUUACUGUCGUAAUCAGAAAAACUAUGAUUUAGUGAAAUCUUCCUCUGAAGAAGUGUGACUAUACCAUCUACUGAGGAGUUUGUCCUGUGACUUGAGAGGAAGGAGUUUGAGCUGUGACAGGUGGCAAAGCUCUGGAGGAGGAGGUGUAGGUUUUAUGAAGGUAAUGGGCAUCGUAGGCCUGCAUUUUUACCUUGAAGUAGUUCACUGAAAUAGGACUGGAAGAAUGCCAAAAACAUUUAUGAGCUCCCUGGAUCUUUGAAAGACAUAUGCUCAACUUCCAGGAGAUGAGUAAUUUUCCCUAUGGUAAUCUUUGCAUAGUUAAUACUCCACUGUGUAGAGGCUGAGAAGUGAAACCUGCCUUGAUUAAUACUGAAUUGUCUGGAAAAUGGUCUUCUCAAGACUUUGUGUUACCUAAACUGAAAAGAAAGUGAGUUUUCAGUGACAAAAUUCAUGAUUUGUUAAAACUGCUUACUGACGGGUUAUUAUCUCAGUGGAUAAGGGUCUACAAGGAAUUGCCGAAUGAUUUUAAGGCAUGUAGUGACUGGCAUAAUGAUGAAGCAGGUGCUGAUUCUGGCAAGCAUUUUUAGUAGCAUGCCAAUAAUGCUACUAAUCUAUACAUUGACUGCCAACUAUUAACAGUUGUUAAAAUCUUUUAUUAGUUCAUCCUGUUGUUGCUGUCUGCUGCCACUCGGUGUUUCCUUUUACUGCAUUCAGUUAGUUUUGGACUAGACACCAAGAAAUUUUGUUACUGGAAUUUUGGGUUUAUUGUCACUAGUGUAAGACAGUUCAGCAACAGUUGGCAAUAGAGAAGAGAAACUGCUGUCUGGUUUUGAGUGACAGUCAAAAACCUGUUGAAUCCAAUUUGCUUGUUUUCUGUAAUGUAGGCAUUAUAGUGGCUGUCAAAAUGGAUGACAACUGUCUCCUUGUGCCAGCUCUGAUACUCAUCUGAUCACCAUCAACUACUUAAUUCAGUUUGCUGAACCAGCAGAAAACCUGCCUAGGGCUAUAUUUUAGUGUUACAGAAGAGAGGAACACCCUUCAACUGAUGGCUGUGGACCAGGAUCCUGUAGGUUACCUAGGGUGAAACAAAAUUACAGGCUUGGAGACUCUGGAAAAGCUCAGCAUCAGCAUUUGAGAGCCGAAGCUUGCAAAUUAUGUGAUUAAUCUACAAGCUGAUACCAUGAUGUCAAAAUGCAGUUCAGGAAGCAUAAACACAGAGACUGCAGAAAUUAAAACGUAGGCUGUGCUGGAACAAAAAUGCAAUGAAAGAAACACUGGAUGAAUGAAUGAAAAGCCCUGCUUUGCAUCCCUCAGCAUGGCGGGACUGCAGCUCAUGACCCCUGCUUCCUCCCCAAUGGGUCCAUUUUUUGGACUACCAUGGCAACAAGAAGCAAUUCAUGAUAACAUUUACACGCCAAGAAAAUAUCAGGUUGAACUGCUUGAAGCAGCUUUGGAUCAUAAUACAAUAGUCUGCUUAAACACUGGCUCAGGGAAGACUUUUAUUGCAGUACUACUCACUAAAGAGCUGUCCUAUCAGAUCAGGGGAGAUUUCAACAAAAAUGGAAAAAGAACUGUGUUCUUGGUCAACUCAGCAAAUCAAGUUGCUCAACAAGUGUCAGCUGUCAGGACACAUUCAGAUCUUAAAGUGGGAGAGUAUUCAAGUUUAGAGAUAACUGAAUCGUGGACAAAAGAGAAGUGGAGUCAGGAAUUCUCUAAGCAUCAGGUUCUGGUUAUGACAUGUCAUGUUGCUUUGACUGUUUUGAGAAAUGAGUAUUUAUCCCUGUCAAAUAUUAAUCUUCUGGUGUUUGAUGAGUGCCAUCUUGCAAUCCAGGAUCACCCAUACCGUGAAAUUAUGAAGAUCUGUGAGGAUUAUCCAUCAUGUCCUCGAAUCUUGGGAUUAACAGCUUCCAUUUUAAAUGGGAAAUGUGAUCCUGCUGAGUUAGAGGAGAAGAUCCAGAAACUGGAGAAAAUUUUGAAGAGCAAUGCUGAAACUGCAACUGAUUUGGUGGUCUUAGACAGAUAUACUUCUCAGCCAUGUGAGAUUGUUGUAGACUGUGGACCAUAUACUGACAAAAGUGGGUUGUAUGGAAGAUUAUUGAAGGAAGUGGAUGAAGCGCUUGCUUUUCUAAAUGACUGCAACAUAUCUGUACAUUCAAAAGAAAGAGAUUCUACAUUAAUUUCUAAGCAGAUAUUGUCAGACUGUCGAGCUGUGUUGGUUGUUCUGGGACCCUGGUGUGCAGAUAAGGUAGCUGGGAUGAUGGUGAGAGAGCUGCAGAAGUAUAUCAAACACGAACAAGAGGAGCUGCACAGGAAAUUUUUAUUGUUUACAGACACUUUCCUAAGGAAAAUACAUGCACUCUGUGAAGAGCACUUCUCGCCUGCCUCACUUGACCUGAAAUUUGUAACCCCAAAAGUAAUAAAGCUGCUUGAAAUCUUGCGCAAAUAUAAACCAUAUGAACGGCAGCAGUUUGAAAGUGUUGAAUGGUAUAACAAUAGGAAUCAGGAUAAUUACGUAUCUUGGAGUGAUUCUGAAGAUGAUGAGGAGGAUGAAGAAAUUGAGGAGAAAGAGAAGCCAGAGACUAAUUUCCCAUCUCCCUUUACUAAUAUUUUAUGUGGAAUUAUUUUUGUGGAAAGAAGAUACACUGCAGUUGUUCUAAAUAGGUUGAUAAAAGAAGCUGGCAAGCAAGAUCCAGAACUGGCUUACAUCAGUAGCAAUUUUAUAACUGGACAUGGCAUUGGCAAGAACCAGCCUCGUAACAAGCAGAUGGAAGUAGAAUUCAGAAAACAGGAAGAGGUUCUUAGAAAAUUUCGAGCACAUGAGACCAACCUACUUAUUGCUACUAGUAUUGUAGAAGAGGGUGUUGACAUACCAAAAUGCAACUUGGUGGUACGUUUUGAUUUGCCCACAGAAUACCGUUCCUAUGUGCAGUCAAAAGGAAGAGCUAGAGCACCAAUUUCCAAUUACAUCAUGUUAGCAGAUACAGACAAAAUCAAAAGUUUUGAAGAAGAUCUUAAGACGUAUAAAGCAAUUGAGAAGAUCCUCAGAAACAAAUGCUCAAAAUCUGUUGAUACCAAUGAAACUGAAACUGAACCUGUUGUUGAUGAUGAUGAUGUAUUUCCACCCUAUGUGUUGAGGCCAGAUGAGAACAGUCCAAGAGUUACUAUUAACACUGCUAUUGGACACAUAAAUAGGUACUGCGCUAGAUUACCAAGUGAUCCAUUUACACACCUAGCUCCCAAGUGUAAAACCCGAGAACUACCUGAUCAUACGUUUUACUCUACUCUCUACCUGCCAAUCAACUCACCUCUUCGAGCUUCAAUUGUUGGUCCUCCAAUGAGUUGUGCAAGACUGGCUGAAAGAGUUGUAGCUCUUAUUUGCUGUGAAAAACUGCACAAAAUUGGUGAACUGGAUGAUCAUUUGAUGCCAGUUGGUAAAGAAACAGUUAAAUAUGAGGAGGAGCUUGAUUUACAUGACGAAGAGGAAACCAGUGUUCCAGGAAGGCCAGGCUCUACAAAGCGAAGACAGUGCUAUCCUAAAGCUAUUCCAGAAUGUUUGAGGGAUAGUUAUCCCAAACCUGAUCAGCCCUGUUACUUGUACGUAAUAGGAAUGGUGUUAACGACUCCUCUACCUGAUGAGCUCAACUUCAGGAGACGAAAGCUAUAUCCUCCUGAGGAUACAACAAGAUGUUUUGGCAUAUUGACAGCCAAACCUAUACCUCAGAUUCCUCACUUUCCUGUGUAUACUCGCUCUGGAGAGGUUACAAUAUCUAUUGAGCUUAAGAAAUCUGGUUUUACUCUGUCUCUGCAAAUGCUUGAGCUGAUAACGCGACUCCACCAGUACAUUUUUUCACAUAUUCUUCGUCUUGAGAAACCUGCACUAGAGUUCAAACCCACAGAAGCUGAUUCAGCCUAUUGUGUUCUACCUCUUAAUGUUGUUGAUGACUCCAGCACUUUGGACAUUGACUUUAAGUUUAUGGAAGACAUUGAGAAAUCUGAGGCGCGUACAGGCAUUCCCAGUACACAAUACACAAAAGAAAUGCCUUUUAUUUUCAAGUUAGAAGAUUACCAGGAUGCGGUUAUCAUUCCACGGUAUCGAAAUUUUGAUCAGCCUCAUCGAUUCUAUGUAGCUGAUGUAUACACUGAUCUUACUCCACUCAGUAAAUUCCCUUCCCCUGAAUAUGAAACUUUUGCUGAAUAUUAUAAAACAAAGUAUAAUCUUGACCUGACCAAUCUCAACCAGCCACUGCUGGAUGUGGACCACACAUCUUCAAGACUUAAUCUUUUGACUCCUCGCCAUUUGAAUCAGAAGGGGAAAGCACUUCCACUAAGCAGUGCUGAGAAGAGGAAAGCAAAGUGGGAGAGUUUGCAGAAUAAGCAGAUACUGGUUCCAGAGCUCUGUGCUAUACAUCCUAUUCCAGCAUCAUUGUGGAGAAAAGCAGUUUGCCUCCCCAGCAUACUUUAUCGCCUGCACUGCCUUUUGACAGCAGAAGAACUAAGAGCUCAAACAGCCACUGACGCUGGUGUAGGUGUUAAAUCACUUCCUGCAGAUUUCAGAUAUCCUAACUUGGACUUCGGAUGGAAAAAGUCUAUUGACAGCAAAUCCUUCAUCUCUAUUCCUAACUCCUCUUUAGUAGAGAAUGAAAAUUACUGUAAGCACAGCACAAUUGUAGUCCCUGAAAAUGCUGCACAUCAAGGUGCUAAUAGAACCUCUUCUGCAGAAAACCAUGACCAAAUGUCUGUGAGUUACAGAACAUUGUUCAAUGAGUCACCCAGUAAACUCCAAAUUGAUGUCUCGGCAGAACUUGCAGCAAUUAACGGUGUUUCUUAUAAUAAAAAUCUUGCCAAUGGCAAUUGUGAUUUAGUUAACAGAGACUUUUGCCAAGGAAAUCAGCUGAAUUACUGCAGGCAGGAAAUACCUGUACAACCAACUACCUCAUAUCCCAUUCAGAGUUUAUACAGCAGUGAGAACCAGCCCAAGCCCAGCAAUGAAUGUACUCUACUGAGUAAUAAAUACCUUGAUGGAAAUGCUAACAGAUCUACCUCAGAUGGAUGCCCCAAAAUGGCAGUGACGACCAGUACUUCAAAAGCUAUUAAUCUUUCAAAAGACAGAGCAGAUUCUGAAAAGAGCCCUUCCAGUGGGUACUCCUCAAAAACUCUCGGUCCUAAUCCUGGUCUCAUUCUUCAAGCUUUGACUCUUUCAAAUGCUAGUGAUGGAUUUAAUCUGGAGCGACUAGAAAUGCUUGGUGAUUCAUUUUUAAAGCAUGCCAUCACAACAUACUUGUUUUGCACUUACCCUGAUGCUCAUGAGGGACGGCUGUCAUAUAUGAGAAGCAAAAAGGUCAGCAACUGUAACUUGUAUCGCCUUGGAAAAAAGAAAGGACUGCCUAGUCGUAUGGUGGUAUCGAUUUUUGAUCCCCCGGUCAAUUGGCUUCCUCCUGGUUACAUAGUAAACCAGGACAAGAGCAACACUGAUAAGUGGGAGAAAGAUGAAAUGACAAAGGAGAACUUGUUGGCUAAUGGUAAACUUGAUGAUUAUAAUGUUGGUGAAGAGAACGAAGACCUCAUGUGGAGGUUACCCAAGGAAGAAACAGACUUUGAAGAUGACUUUCUGGAGUAUGAUCAGGAGCAUAUCAAAUUCAUUGAUAAUAUGUUAAUGGGAUCAGGGGCUUUUGUGAAGAAAAUUUCUCUCUCACACUUUUCAACCACUGAUUCGAACUAUGAAUGGAAAGCACCCAAAAAGUCAUCCCUGGGUAAUGUUCAGUUUUCAUCAGAUUUUGAUGAUUUUGACUAUAGCUCUUGGGAUGCAAUGUGCUAUCUGGAUCCUAGCAAGGCUGUUGAAGAGGAUGAUUUUGUAGUGGGCUUCUGGAAUCCAUCGGAAGAAAACUGUGGUGUUGAUGCAGGAAAACAGUCUAUCUCCUAUGACUUGCAUACAGAGCAAUGUAUUGCUGACAAAAGCAUUGCAGACUGUGUGGAAGCCCUCUUGGGCUGCUAUCUGACCAGCUGUGGUGAAAGAGCUGCUCAGCUUUUCCUGUGUUCGUUGGGGCUGAAGGUGCUCCCUGUAAUUAAAAAGACUGAAUGGGAAGGCACUUUGUGUGCUACCAGAGAGACUUGUAACAGUGAGCAGAAAAAUCUUGCACCAAACUCUGUUUCUGCUUCUGUAGCUAACUCGGACCCUUCUCUGUAUAAAGACCUGGAGUAUGGCUGUUUGAAGAUUCCACCAAGGUGUAUGUUUGAUCACCCAGAUGCUGAAAAAACCCUAAAUCACCUUAUUUCUGGUUUUGAAAACUUUGAGAAGAAAAUAAACUACAGUUUUAAGAACAAGGCUUAUCUUCUUCAGGCAUUUACUCAUGCCUCAUACCAUUAUAAUACCAUUACUGAUUGUUACCAGCGCUUAGAAUUCCUGGGAGAUGCAAUUUUGGACUACCUCAUAACCAAGCACCUUUAUGAAGACCCACGGCAACAUUCUCCGGGAGUUCUUACUGACCUACGAUCUGCUCUAGUCAAUAAUACCAUUUUUGCAUCAUUAGCUGUAAAGUAUGACUACCACAAGUACUUCAAAGCUGUCUCUCCUGAACUGUUUCAUGUUAUUGAUGACUUUGUGCAGUUUCAAAUGGAAAAGAAUGAAAUGCAAGGAAUGGAUUCUGAGCUCAGAAGAUCUGAAGAAGAUGAAGAAAAAGAGGAAGACAUUGAAGUACCAAAGGCCAUGGGGGAUAUAUUUGAGUCCCUUGCUGGUGCCAUUUACAUGGAUAGUGGAAUGUCUUUGGAAAUGGUUUGGCAAGUGUACUAUCCAAUGAUGAGGCCAUUAAUAGAAAAAUUUUCUGCUAAUGUGCCCCGCUCUCCUGUGCGAGAGCUGCUGGAGAUGGAGCCAGAGACAGCCAAAUUUAGUCCUGCAGAAAGAACUUACGAUGGAAAGGUCAGAGUAACAGUGGAAGUUGUAGGAAAGGGAAAGUUUAAAGGUGUUGGCAGAAGCUACAGGAUUGCCAAAUCUGCAGCUGCGAGAAGAGCACUACGAAGCCUCAAAGCAAAUCAACCUCAGGUCCCAAACAGCUGAGACUCCUCUUAAAAGUAAAUAAAAUCGGGGGGAAAAAAACCAUACACAUAAAGCAAAUUUUUAAAAAAGUUGAUGUUGAGAGGAACAAAUUGGAAGACAGAAUUUAAAGUUUGUUUGAUAACAGAAUAGAUAACAAAACAUUUAACAUGUAUAAAAUUUUGGAACUAACUGUAGUUAUAGUUUUUUGCGCAAACACAAUCUUGUCUUCUUUCCUCACUUCUGCUUUGUUUAAUCACGAGAGUGCUUUAAUGAUGACAUUUAGCAAGUGUUCAGAAUAAUUGUUGUCAGGUCUUUUCGGUUUACUUUUAUUGUCAGUACAGCUUUGCUUAGUGUUAGAAGGCCAGGGAGCUUAUGCCUAAUGCAGUUGCUAGAUUUAUAUAUAGUAAUCUUGAAAUUCUUCAAUCUGUGCACUAGUGCCAGUCAUAAAGCAGUUGAUUAAACUGUACUGGAUGAUUUGGUAUAAGAAAGAAUAAGUGUGCCAGUAUUCUUUUUUCUUUUUUUUUUUCUCUCCAUGUCAUCUUUUUACAUUAAGAUGGCAUUCCCAAUCAUUAUUGCACUUAUUUGUUAGGGACAGAUUUUAAUUGAAAUGGCUGGCAUACUGGUAGAAUGAAACUUCAGUUUCCUUAUGCCACGCAGUCUUGCAUAAAAAAAAGGUUCUUGCCUUAAAAAUAAAUAAACCCUCAUUAAUAAUCUUUAAUUUCUGAUCUUUUUUGGAACAAACUGUUUUACAUUCCCUUCAUUUUGUUAUGCAUUUUACAAUGAUACAGCUCUAUAUUUACAGUACAACUCAUUACUAUAGCUGUGACUUAUUACAGGAUUAUAAUAGAAAUUGUAUUCAUAUAUAUGUAAUUAGGUUAUUUUUAACAGUUCUGAGGAGGUGGUUAGUCUACAGUUUUUUUAUACCAUAAACAAAAUAUGGUCUUUGGCAAAAAUUCCAGUUUUACACAAACCUGCAAGCUAGAUAGUUACAAUACUGGAAACAGUAAUGAAUAAUUGCACAGUGCAAACUGUCACUCUAACAAAAUAACCUUAGACAUAUCACACCUAAAAUAUGCUGCAGAUUUUAUAGUCAAUUGGUUACGUAUUUAACAAACAGAGCACCUUUACACUUAGAGAUAUUUCCACGUAAAUUUCUUACUGUACUUUUCAGAGUUGCAUGCAUAUUUCACCUACCAAAGCUGUGCUGUUAAAUAACAUGAAAGUUGAUGUUUGAGAAAUAACUGCCGUACUUUUGAUACAUCUGUGAUUUAGGUCCUUAAUUUAGAGAAACUAGCUCAUUGGUGUUUUGGUCUACUGGGGACAGGGGGGGAAAAUCAUACUUUUAUUUUUUAGGCUUUGCCUAUACUUCUUUAAUUAGAUUUUUGUAGGCACUCUUCACUUAAAUACCUCAGUUCUUUUUUUUUUUUUCUUUUCUUUUCCUUCUUUUUUUGCAUGCAUUGUUUUUUUUUUCUGUUUUGGUGCUAUGUUUAUAUAUUAUGCUUGAAAUUUUAAUUUUUUGCACUGUAACUAUAAUACCUCUUAAUUUACCUUUUAAAAAAAGCUGUGGGUCUCGUAUUCCCACCAAUAUCAGUAGAGGUUUGCUGCAAUUUUGCCCUGUUAAUUAUGCUUGAAGUUUGAGAAAGCAGAGCAAGGUGUUUUAACGUUUUCCAGCACAAUAGUUUGAACUUGAUGCUGUGUCUUAUGUAUUAAAUUGCAAAUAAAUACUGUAUUUCCUGCUUUUAAACCCUAUUCCUUUCCUCACAAAUGCACACUAAAACAAAACAAAAACUGUCAGCUCUUGCUUUCUUAACAAAAAAAAAAAAAAAAUGCCUUAGUGACAAGGGGUAGACAUUAAGCUUUUCUGAAAUACAGUUUUCAAAAGUUCACAUAUUUUCUAUCUCAGUCAUUUUUCAUUCUGCAAGAAGGACCAUUCUUGUAUUUGAAAGCAGGAUUGUUAACAGUAGUCAGACCAAGAAUUAAAAUAUUAGCUUAUAAAAAAAUUCUAGCAUUUGGUUGAUACUUCAGUCAUAAGACCUGCAAGUCUUUAUGUGUAUAAAACAAAUGUAAAUGAGAUGGAACAGUAAAAACAUGCAGUCUAAAUUUUCAAAGGUAAAUUGCUUUGAGUUAGCUGUUUAAAGAAAAAAUAAAAAUCACCAAUUUAAGUUAUAGCUCUUUCUUUGUGGUAGGAGUGAAGCUUCUUAGCGAAAAUCCAUGAUUACUGAUGUUAACAAUUAUGUGUUUCUGGCCAGACAUCCAUCAGCAGAUAAAAUCAGACCAUCUAGAAAGUCUUAAGUAGUUUUAACUGCAUUUUGAAAAAGCAAAUUUUAAGUUAGUCUUUGAAUGCCUACAAUUUCUUACUGAUUGUUACAAGGUUAUAGAUUCUCAGGGGUUUCAGGUGAUUGUUAGCAGUGAAGUGCUAGGCUGUUUUGAUGCAAAGAAAAUUAACUGAACUUGCUCUGUGUUUCAGAAUAGUUUAAUGAUCACUUUGUUACUAGAUAAAGCCUAUGAAUUGGAAAUCUGAAAUGUGUAGUGGCUGACUAUAAAGUAGUGUCUGCUGCUGAUGCGUUUUUAAAUGCGUUUUAAAUGCCGUAAUUUUUUCCAGUGUGACCUCAUUGAAAUAUUUUUUUAUCCUUUGAGAUAGAAAAUUCAUAUUAGUUUCCAUGUUAUACAUCUGUGUGCUUUACCCUACAGUUGAUAUAAUUUUGAUAUUGGACAGUGUAUGCUAUUAAAGACCUAAAUCUGAUCAUUUGAAGGUUGGGAUAGAAAUCACUUGACAUGCUAUAAGCACAAGUGUAAGUGGACUGUUGCAACCCAUCUUCAAAAGCAACCACACAGGCUCAUCAUAAGUAGUGUGGGGGUUAGUUGGCAUGAACCUUGUUUGUUUGUUUUUUUUUUAAUCUAAGUCCUGUUAUACUGUACUUUAAACAGUCCUCCUAACUAUGCUGCAUUUUUAUUUUUAUGGCUUUUUUUGCGCUGUUCUGUUCAUGUAGCACAAAUAAGCAUUGCACUUGGUACCAUGCUUUACCUCAUUUCAAGGAAAAAAUGCUUAACAGAGAGGAAAAAUGUGGUUUGGCCUUGCUGCUGUUCUGAUUUACUGAAUUUGAAAAAGAUAAUUAUAAUGCCUGCAAUGUGUCAUUUACUUGCACAACUUAAAUAGGUCAUUUGUAAUGUCUGUGGCAUUUUUACUGUAUGUUGAAAAAUACAACAAAGAUGUGUAACAACUCUUGAUUGUAUUUUAAAGCUAUUGUUUUUCUACUACAUCCUUUUACUGUUAUGUGAAGUAAUUAAAAUUAGAAUGACCUCUGACACUCCAGUAAUUAUCUCUGAAGAAGCCAACAUAUGCGUAUAAUGUAUUUUUUGCAAGAAGACAGCCCCUAGUAAUUUGGUCAACCUCAACUAAAUCUCUGCUCAGUCUGAAUAUUGAGUGCCCAGUAGCAACUUGUGAAGUGUUUGUUCAGCUUGAUGCUGCUCAAGUCCAUACAGAAAAAAAGCCUACUAUUUUUAAGUCUCAUUACACACUAGUGUGUUGUGACUGCAGAGUGCAGAACUUGGACAAGAACCAGUUUCCGUGCUGGGGAGGAAUACAGAGGUGCCAGAUCCUCAGCUAGUGCAAAUUGAUGUGGUAUCACUUUAAUCGAUGGAACUGCAUUCUUUUACAUACCUGAAGAUCUUGUGCUUAUACGUAUGUUGCAGAGUUUGGGGUUUCCUCCUUGUAAGCAAAUACAGAACCAUAAACUGGAAAAUGUGGGGUUUAUGUUGCUGCAUAUGAGAUAACUAUGCUACAUGCAUUUAUCUGUAUAGAACGUGAAAUCUUUGUAUCCCGGUCACAGCAGCACACGUAAUCCAAAAAUGACAAAGAGCAUUGUGGUCUGCUGCGAUACUACACUUGCCUGUCUGACAGUAUUCUGGGUUUGUAUGGUUUGGGUGGGGUUCCCUACAAAAACAGGCUCAAGGAAAUCUCUGUAUUUAUCACGAGUGAAGCGAGAAGGAUUUUGGGUUUUGGUACCUAAUUACUGACACUGAUCCUUUUCCAAUUGCUCUAGUUUUCAAGGAGUUAAAGUUAGUUUCUUUACUUUCAUAUUAGGUUUAAAACUUAAAACACUACAGUUCAUGACCAUGAAAUGUAAUCGAAAUAUCAACUGUAACUCAAACUGAAUUAUGUUAGCAAAUAUCUAGAGGUCAUUGUAGUAUACUCCACUAGCAGUUAAAAUUAACUUCUGUCAAAGCUAACUACAUUUCUUAAAAAUAAAUUUUAUCCAAUAAAGUCCUUGGGUUUUUUCCCUCUUUUAUUUGAAUGGCAACCACAGACUACUUUAAUUGCUUUGUAGAUGCACUCAGAAUUUACUGCAGCAGCAAGUUGGAGAGAAAAAUAUUUGUGAACAAGAAUUGGAAAUUGCAGGCAUUUUUAUUGUAAAUAGUUUGACUGAAAGAUGGUUAAAAUCAAGUAGAAUGAAUAACAAAUAUAAUUUGAUGGACAAUAAAAUAUUUACCAUCACAUGCUGCAGCUGUCUUUAAGGGACAUAAAAUGUAAUUCAUUCAUACUGUAAUCAUGCUGCAGAAGUUUGCAAUCUGCACCUUAUGGAUCACAAUUACCUUUAAUAGUUUUUUGUAAUAAUUGUAGCUGAGUAUAUCUCCAAUAAAGUUAUGGUCUGUUCACCUUG